CCCCCAUUUUUCUUCAUCAUUCAUCAUCAUCUUCUUCAUCUUCUUCAUCUUCUUCAUCUUCUUCAUCUUCUUCAUUAAUUAAUUAUGAGCAACUCCAACUCCGACGACAAAUCUUCCAUGGAUUUGGUUCAACCAUCUGAGCAUCUCUGUUAUGUCAAAUGCAACUUCUGCAACACUGUUCUUGCGGUUGGGAUUCCAUGCAGACGUUUAUUGGAUACGGUGACGGUAAAAUGUGGUCAUUGUAGUAAUCUCUCGUUCUUGAGCACAAGACCUCCUCUACAAGGUCAAUGUAUUGACCAUCCCCUAAGUUUUCAGUCUCAGGUUGGAUUCUCUAAUGAUAUUCGAAAGGGCGCUUCCACAUCGUCCACUUCCACGUCCUCUUCCUUGACUAACGAGUCCCCUUCUCCAAAUUUUGUUGUUAAACCACCUGAGAAGAAACACAGACUCCCAUCUGCUUACAAUCGUUUUAUGAAAGAGGAGAUUCAACGUAUCAAAGCUGCCAACCCAGAAAUACCUCAUCGAGAAGCAUUUAGUGCAGCAGCAAAGAACUGGGCAAGGUAUAUUCCAAAUUCAGCUGCUGGGUCGGUUUCUGGAACUCACAACAAAGAAUGAAAAGGGUUUAGGGUACCAGAAGAAUCGGACAAAUCGAAUGGCUGUCCUAGGGUUUGAUGAAGUUAAGAUUUGGCCAUGUCUUUGUCUCGGUCUUUUUGUUUCUUCCUCGUA